GUCAGUGAGCUGUGAUAAAGCGGAUGUGCUGCACUGUGGUGGCAGUGCAGAGAUGAAGGCCCUGUGUGCAGUGCUGUGUUUGGGUUUGCUCUCAGUCUGCAGAGCCGCACCUCUCACCUGUGACCAGCUGCUCAUGGUCACUCAACACCAUGACCUGAAUUUCGCUGGGAAAUGGUAUGUGCAUGCAGUGUCCACAGAUUCUUGUGCAAUUUCAAGUUUUUUAAACACUUUCAUGAAGCCAAGUGUGGUGCUGGAUGCUGUUUAUAAGGAAGCCCCCAACAGCUAUGAAGUGACUACAACACUUAAAACACUGUCAUAUUGUAUGAAUGAAACUGAAUCCGUUUCAUUUGACAAGACCUCAGUGACCACUCAGAAUGGCAAUAAAUCAGAUGAGACAUAUCACUUACUGCACAGUAGCUGCUCUGACUGCACUGUUUGGAAGAUGGAUGGACUAGUAAAAGUCCUUCUCCUAUACAGUCGGAAGACUACUAUUGAUGCUGCUGACCUCAAGGAGUUUGAGACACAAGCUGCAUGUCUGAAUCUACCACAACCUCUGCAAUUUAACAAUGAUUAUGAUGUGUCAAAUUGCAAGGACAUUGAAGAGAGCCCCACAGAUGAAGAAACCACAAUUUUAGCUCAAAGACUGGAAAAGUUUUUGUCUGAGCUGGUUGAAUGUCUUGUGCAGUACAUUAGAUCUUGGGUGAUGUCAAGUUUUAGCUGAGCGGGCAGCAAGAUUGGUCUCAAUGGACUGGAUCAGAGGCAAAUAGAUGGAGAAGUUUCACCAUUGUCAUUUGACCUGUCACGAGACGUUCCACAAUAAAGGAUUAUCUUACCUUGUA